UUGUGGUUGUUGUUGUUGUGGUGGUUGUUGUUGUUGUUGUGGUUGUUGUUGUGGUUGUCAUCGUCUGCUGCUCCGCCUCUUUGUCUCUGCUUCAUGUUCAUCUAAUGAUAAACUUUUAUAGUUUCAUCACAUGUAACAUGUCUGAACAGCAGCGAUGAGGCUGCUGCUGGACCAGACGACCAUUAUGCCAGCUAUUCUCCCUUUGUGUUGGUCUCCAUGGUUACCCUGUCAAAGACUCAGCUGACUGUCAGCUGUCCUUUGUGUGUUGGUCACCGGCCUCUCUGGCCUCCACUCCGCUCUGUGAUUUUAAAGAAGACCUGCUCUGCCGCGUGUGCGUCAGUGUGGACGGAGAUGUCAGCGGCGGCAGCAGCAGGCGGCGGCGGCGGCCCCCCGGGCAUGAUGUCCACCGCCGGGCAGCAGCGGCGGCGCUCGGGCGCGGUGAAGAGGAGGCGGUGGGGGGGUCUGAGGCAGCAGUGGAAACUUCUGGGCCUGUUUGAGAUCGACCAGCAGCACGAGUUCUACGGCCUGACCUGCAUGAUGAAGGCGGGGGUGGCGGCAGCCAUCCAGAACAACGCGUCUGCAGCUGAAGUGUCAGAUGAUGAUUUCAGGUCAGAGGUCACUCAGAUUCAUAAGGACUUCACCAUGGAGACGUUUGCCGGCCCGGUGUUUUCCAGCCUGCGAGGCUCGUUGGGGAUGACGGAGCUCGAGUAUCAACAGUCUCUCUGCUCUGACGACUGUUACCUCCAGUUCAUCAGCAACUCCAAGAGCAAGGCCGACUUCUUCCUGACAAAUGAUAAACGCUUCUUUUUGAAGACUCAGAACAAAAGAGAAAUCAAAUUCCUUCUGGCCAACCUGAAGAUCUACAUGGAACAUCUGAGGAAGCAUCCCCAUUCACUGCUGGUCAAGUUCCUGGGUGUUCACAGGAUCACAACCCCUCACAUGCGGAAGAAAUACUUCAUCGUCAUGCAGAGUGUGUUUUAUCCAGACGAUCGAAUCGAUGCCCGGUACGACAUUAAGGGCUGCGAGGUGAGUCGCUGGACGGAGCCUGCGCCGGAGGGAAGUCAGAUCAUUGUGGUUCUCAAAGAUCUGAACUUUGAAGGCCAGCACAUCACUCUGGAUCGCCAGCGUCCGUGGUUCCUGCGGCAGGUGGAGAUCGACACACACUUCCUGCGGCGGCUCAACGUGCUGGACUACAGUCUGCUGCUGGCCCAUCAGCCGCUGCAGCACGACGAGCGGCACCACAGUCUCUCCUUUGCGACUCUCAUCAUGAGAACCAAAAAAUCUGUCAACCCGGGCUCCAGCCCUGUUCACUCAGGCGUAGCUGCUGUUCCCGGGGAAGUCCGGGAAGAUGACUUCAUGUGCACGUUGUGUAUGAUCCAACCACAAGCGGGAGAAACAUCAGGUGUUUGCACUUGUGCAAAGCAUUCUGUGCCAGGCAGCGAUGCAACGGAGCUCCCCGACUUCAAGGCCCAAAACCGCCGUUUACUACCCGACUUAAAGAAUCCUCUGCACGUCAUCGAUGGGCCUGAGCAGCGCUACUUCAUCGGCAUCAUUGACAUUUUCACAGUUUACAGUUUUAGGAAGAGGCUGGAGCAUCUGUGGAAGAGGCUGAGACAUCCAGGCCGCUCCUUCUCCACCGUCAGGCCACAGACUUACUGCCUCAGGCUGUGUCAGUGGCUCCAGGACCACACCGAGUAGUGGACCAGUACAAAGACAGAAUCCUGGGACUGUGUGUUACUUCUGAUGAGUCUGCAGCUUGACUUUACUCUUUCUUUUGCUGUGUCACCCUUAAAUAAUACAUGCUUGAGCCUUAUGUCUGCAAACACUGGGGAUGAUAUGUGCUGUAACCUCAGUGCAAUGGAUAAAGGAUGUGUCACAGAUGA